AUGGAACGAGAGGGAGAGGGACGGAGCACAGCGGAUACAGCGAGAGAGCGCAGACAACAUGAGGAGAGGGCAGCAGGCCCAGCCGCACAGUUCACACACCACGAGACGGCAUCCACGCAAGGAAGGCACACAACGCCAGCAGCCCCCCACCAUGCAGGAGAAGAAGACAUCCACCACCAUCUCCCCCAGCUCAUUCCCGCAGCCCCAGGGAAAUGGCCACAACCCCGCGGCCACCACACAACGCACACGGAGCAAGCGAACCCUCAUCCAUCCAUGACGCGGCACAAAAACUUCCUGCCAUCCCACCCUCCAUGGGACACGGAGCCCAACUCAGCGCAGUCACACGCGGUGCAUCACACCCGCAGGAAAAUAGACUCGGGCUGCGCGCUCCCUCUCUCCCUCCUCCUCAUGGCCACGGAAGAAGACAACAGCCGCCACACGCAACUGCCAGCAUGCACUGCAAAAGAAGCAUUCAAAUCCACUGCAAUGUGCAACUUGUGUGUGUGUGUGGUUGUGUGUGCCUGCAGAAACACAAAGCAAAGACGUAGAAAAGAGGGAGCAGAGUAUGCGGAGAGACGCACAAAAAUGCACAGCGGAGACGCAUAA